GAUUUGGUAUCGACAGCAAACAUUGCAAGUUUGAUUGCUGAACUAGACGAAACACGUUAGGCUUGACAAAAUGUCGAAGGUGGAGGAAAAUGAAGAAACUCAGGUUACAGAAGAAAUAGAUGAUUUACAAAUGUCAAGAGGAGAAAAACCAGAACCAUGUGACUUCAAAUUCAACUUUACAAAAGCGAAAGAAAAGUUUGUCUUGGAUGAAGGAGGCAACAAAAUAAAGUUUGGUGAUAUCUACAAACACCAGAAAACGAUAGUCAUUUUCACAAGGCAUUUCCUGUGCUUUGUGUGCAAAGACUACAUUGAAGAUUUAGCCAAGGUUCCAUUAGAAUAUCUACAGGAAGCUGGUGUGAGAGUAGUUGUGAUUGGUCCUGCUCCUGACAAGUUUAUAAGUGCCUUCAAGAAAGAGACGGGGUAUAUGUAUACCAUGUACACAGAUCCAGACAGAGAACUUUAUAAAUUAUUGGGAAUGAAGAGCAACCCAGAGUAUGGAAAGAAUACUAAAAAUAAUAAACACCUCAAGCAUAACAUGAUAUCAGGAAUUCUAAGUAGUACAUGGAGGGCCAUGCAAAGCCAGGAAUAUCAGGGGGAUGUCCGACAGCAAGGGGCAGAGUAUAUCCUAGGACCAGGAGAUGAAGUCCACUUUAUGCAUCUUUGUGAAUGUACCACAGAUCAAACUCCUAUAAAUGACCUGCUACACCUGGCCGGGGUCAAACAAGUUAGUUUUCCUAAGGACAGACGAGUCAUUGAUGUGUAACUUGUGCUGCAACAUGUGCCUAUGUGUUCAAUUAAUGUAAUAUUCAUUAGGGGUGUAACGAUAAGAUAAAGUGUGUGAUGGUAUAUAUCAUGAUACCUAUGUAUUGAAAUAUUUCACUUUUCGUAAUUUAUUAAGUUAUGUGUCUCUGUCCAUAAAUGAAAAAUUCUCUGUCAUAGUGUGAAAAGAUAAAAGGUGAAGAUUUUUUUUUGUCAGUUCUCAAAUGCAUUAUGGAACAGUUAAUAAGUUCUGAACAGAUGAAAUCACUUUUAUUUAGUUACAGUACAUGAAAAAGAAAUAGCAUAAAUUGCUUUAAAUGAAAACAAAUUAUGGUACAUAGGUUUACAGUGUUGUCAAGGCAUAUAUAGUUUUUGUAUACAAAACAUUUUUGUAUUGCCUUUUUGAGUACAUUGUUACACCCCUAAUAUUUAUGUCCAGUUGUGUCAUAAUUUCAUUUGUUAAUCACUUGGACACUUUUUUUGUCACAUUUGUUAAAUUAAUGCAUUAUGACAUCAUCAGUUUUAUGCAAUCAAUGUGAUGCUCAAUUUUGUAUCAUUACAAAAGAUAGACAUUUAGUUUAGAUGCUUAUAUAAUGAACUCUUUCACAUUUUUCUCUGUGAAUUUUUGUAAGGACUUCCACCUGAAAGGCUGAAAACGGAUGAACAAUAUUGUGAUUUCCUAUUUAUACAUGUAUGUCAGGAUGUAUAUAUGUGUACAGUGUUUAUUUAUACCAUACUUAAUAUCAUGUCAAGGUGUAUGAAUUUAUGCUAUAUUUACAAUUUUAUCAGGAAUCUUUAACUUAAUUAAUGCAUUUAUUUCUAUACCUUUGUUAAGUUUUGCUUUAUACAUGUACAUGGUUAAUAUUCUGAGUUUAAUUUCUGUUGACAGUGAUUUGAAAUGUGAUGCCUAUAAUUAUGGUUAUACAUAAUUGUAUUUUCUGCAGACUUCUUUCAGAGUAUUAUAUUAAUACCAAUUGCAUUUUUAUGUUGUUUUUUCUUCUUUUUGAAAGACUCUGAAUGUAUACCUCAUUAUUUAAUGAACAUUUAAUUAUGCCGUUUCUUAUAUAAGCAUUUGAAAAAGGUAUGUCAUGCCAAUAUAUAUCUAUAGUUAUAUAUUAGAUAAAUCUUUUAAUAUUAAUGGAAUUACAAUUGAAGCCCAAUUUGGAAGCAAAUUCCUGAUUUUAUUAAGAAUAAGUAUUUAUUAACAUUCAACAGGCCUUUUAUCUCUACAGUUGUGAAACGUCUCUAUUCUAUCUCUCAGUUGUCUAGUAUCUGUAUUCUGCCUCUACUAUUGUGAAUUAUUUUUAUUCAAUCUCUACAAUUAUAAGGUAUUAUUAUUCAGUCUGUACUAUUGUAAAGUAUUAUUAUUCAAACUCUGCAGUAACGAAGUAUCUAUACUCCAUUAACUUGUAAAAUAUGACAUUCUUUAAGAAAUCCAUUUUCAUAUAUUAUCCAUCCACUGUGUUAUUUUGCAUGAUUAUAUUUUAUGAUGCAACUGUGUUAAAUGAAUAAAUAUUUAUG